AUGUCGAGUGAUGCGGUGGAUGGCUUCUACCUUUUGGGAGGAUUUGGUUCCAGCACCGUCACCUUGUAUUUCUACGACCGCCAGGCGAAUGCAUGGUCCACAUUGACGGACAAUUCGGGCCCUAUGCGCCGAUAUGGGUACACCGCUGGCUGGAGUGAGAGCGACGAUGGGCUCUAUGUCUUUGGGGGCCAGGAUUGGUCCACCUGUGGUGACCUCAGCUGA